AUGCCCGAAGAGUUAAGGAAGGCUGAGAUGUCAUGGAUCAGAAAUGCCCAAAAGGAUUUGAAGAGUCGAAUGAGGAAUGGAGAGUUUAAGACCCUGAGCCCGUUUGUUGACGACAAGGGGAUUACCAGGGUUGGAGGAAGAAUUGACAAAGCCCUCGUGUCAUACGAAGAAAAGCACCCAGUGCUGCUUCCCAAUGAGCACAGGAUAUCCCUGCUGAUCACACGCGAUAUGCACAACCAUGGUCAUCCCGGAGUAGCGACAACAACUGGAAAAGUCAGACGAAAACACUGGAUCUUGAAAGCGAACAAGCUCAGCAAGACAGUGAAAUUUAAAUGUGUCACUUGUCGAGAAAUGGCACACAAGGCAGAAACGCAAUUAAUGGCAGACCUUCCGGCUCUUCACUUAGCUCCGCAAACGCUGCCUUUCUACUACUCCUCAUGCGAUUACUUUGGUCUAUAA